CGGUAGAUAGAUUGACGCAGCACCAGCUACAUCCACACAUCCCGUACUGUCAUGCUCAUCAAGCAAUCUUAUCGCGACGUCGAGACGACCGCCAACGGCGUCAAGGGGACGAUGCGGGUCAUCAUCAUCGAGCCCAACGUGCCCGAAUACCCUGAUGCCAAGUUUCCCGGUUGUGUCGUCUUCAGCGAGAUCUACCAAGUCUCUGGACCGGUAGAACGGUUCGCCGGGCAGAUCGCUUCGCAGGGGUUCAUCUGCGCGUGUCCUUCGUCUUUCCACGAGUUUGAGGGUCCGGAGCCUCUGCCUUACGAUACCGAGGGUACCGAUCGGGGUAACAAGUACAAGGCGGAAAAGACCAUCGCUGGGUACGACGAGGAUGCGACGUUAUCGGUCGACGUCUUGAUGUCUCUGCCGCAAUGUACCGGACGGAUCGCUGCGACGGGCAUGUGUCUUGGUGGUCAUCUGGCCCUAAGGGCUGCCUUUGAUCCCCGGAUCCUGGCUACCUUCUGUUGGUUCGCUACCGACGUCCAUUCGGCAACUCUAGGAAAAGGAAACUCGGACGACACGUUGAUCAAGAUCAAGAAUGGGGACAUGGAUUAUAAGGGAGAGGUCGCCAUGGUCUUCGGCAAGCAGGACACGCACGUCCCGAGAGAAGGGAGGGAUCUCGUUCGAAAGACGCUUGAGGACGCCAACGUCAUCUUUUCCCUUCACGAGGUCCAAGCGCAACAUGCCUUCAUCCGGGAUACCUCCUCUAAGGGCAGGUGGGACGCUGCGUUGACAAGAGGAUUGUUCGGGAUGAUGAUGGAGAUGUUUGAGAGGUGUGUGGCCAGGAACCUCGGGCGGAGGGUUAGGAGUGGGGGGAACGUAGAGCAUGUCUGCUAGGGUAUCGAUUUGUAACAUGACGGGAUAGCAUCUUCGAAUAAAGUGCUUGACAUUGGUAGCUGCGUUCUUGACCAGGAGAAUGCGCAUGAGGUAUACCUGCAAAGUAUCAGGUUG